AUGGUCAAAUGCCCAGAAUGCGACGCAAACGCCGACCUAACAAAAGACGGCGCAUGGGCGCAUUGCGCUUCUUGUAAUACGAUUUUCCAGCCCGGAAAAGAAGGAAGUCACUACCGCGGCGGAGGUAGCGGGUCUGGCGAUAAGGAAGAGGAGAAGAAGAAGCAAGAAGGAGAAGAAAGUGAGAGGAAAGAUGAGGGUGGGAAGGCGGAGAAGUAG